AUGGGUCUUCCUGGGAAAGGAGAGCAAAACCCCAGGAAUGAGUAUGUUGCACAAGUUGAGCUGAGAAGUGGGAGGAAGCUGUUACCUGCUGCGAUUCCUCGUAAAAGGUCAGGCAAGGAGAAAGUCGACGAGAACCCGGAACAUGUGACUGAAGUCGAUCGAGCUGCUUCGAGUGGAGUCGAUCGAGCUGGUGAUGACGCCUCGUCGUCUCAGGAACCCAUUCUGACCUACCUACUCUGCAGCUGCAGAGACUGCUCCAGCCAGAGCUUACACGCCUAA